GUAAUUGGUUGAACGGUUGAACCAGCCGUAGCUUGGCCCCAUCAGCCGCUGCGUGCCUGCGUAUUGGCUUCGAAGGAGCUCACAGCGCGAAGCGCUAGCGAGACGCCUCGAGAAAUGCCAAAUCUUUACCCCUGCGGGAUCUGUCACGAAGAAUUGAAUGAAAAUGACGAGGGAAUUCUCUGCGAGCGUUGCAACAUUUGGUUUCAUAUGACCUGCUCAGGAGUGUCGGAGUACUUUUAUCAAACGUAUUCGGUGGAUGCCUACGCAGUAUGGCUGUGUGACCAGUGCUUGACAGAUGUAUUUAGUCAGUUGGGUGUCGAAGAGCCCGAUCGUUAAUUUUAUUAUUAUUAAUAUUGUUAUUAUUACUAUUGUUCUUAAUCGCAACCGUAAGAGCAACAAUGGCCGAUGCACCGUGACGUACGGCUUAAUCAUUUAGCAUGACACCGCUACUUCGAAGACGAUUAUCUCGCGAAUAGAACGUCCCAAGGUUCUUCUGCCGUCUCCUCGGGAGGAGGAGGAACAUCGACGCCCGAAUGUCGUUGUCGACGAGUUCCUGAUACGCGAUACGAUCGCUGUAGCUCGGGCCGCGUGACAUGAUGAGCAACAAAUAUAGCCCGGGAAAGAUCACUCUCGGGAUGAUAAAAGGCAAACCGAUCACCACGUCGGUGCCGGUGAUCCACUACCGAGCCAAUGACGAUGAGCUGGAGGAGCUCUAUCCGAGCUCCGACGACGAUGACAGGCGUCUCACUCCGGAGUCUGACAGGCACAUACCGUCAAGCCCCUCCAAGAGCAGUGAGAAUGGUCAGGGAUUAGAGAAUGAUGGAGCGGAGAGACGUUCCGUCGUCGACGACGCGUCCGAGGGUACUCCACCAUCCUCGGAUCCAUGGAAAGUGCUGUCCGAGAUCAAGGGUAAGAUCACGAAGACGUUCGAGGAGAAGCUCUCUGAGAUGAAGAGCGACCGGAGGAAGAAGAAGCGGAGAAGGCGAAACAAGGACAAUUCAGUUAGCGUCAGCGACUCGGAGGACCUGGGUGACGUCACGCCGACUGACGAGAACGUUAACGACAGGCAGGAGAGGGAAUUCUCUCGCGGCAACAAGAGUGGCAACGCCGGAAGAUUCGCCGUGGGCUUCUCACAGGUGAGAACUGGCCUGAAAACGAAAAACUCCCAGGACGACAGCGUUGAGAGCGGUGUGGAGGCCGCCGAGUUUUCCGAGCUCAUUCCCGAGCUGCUGCCUCUCGAGUCGCAGGAGGACGGGGGAAACAACGGCUCCGGCGCGCGUCAUCGUGGUCGCCAGUCAGACAGACACGAGACGACGAGAGAAGUAAAACUCAGCGCGUUGUUCUCCCACAUGAAGGAUCACGUCUUUCAACAGCUGACGAAGCAAAUGGCCGCGUUGCUGAUUCUCGUGCUUGCUUUUUGGUUUCUCAUUCCGUUGCCCGCUCAUCUGGUGGGCUUUACUCUAGGGGUCUUCGCCACGAUGAUGGUGUACAAGCUUAUGCAGAAAUUCCAGGAGAUUUUAGCGACGCCGUUAGACAAGAAACCCUCACAUGUGAUGCGAGUUCCGGUGCUGGAAAUACCGGCAGCAGAAGAGCACGCGGUCCAGGAGAGGUACGAGGGAUGGCUGAAUGAGCUGCCGUAUUCUUACGAUCCUCACAAUUAUCACGUGGCGCGUACGAAGUCAGUUUUCUUCAGCCUGGAAGGCGGAGUGCUGCGUGUUAUGGAAACUAGAAUGAGAGUGCCGAAGAGAGCGGUGUGGGACGAGCCAAAACGGAAGUACAAAUUCGCCAGGAAACGCAUGUACAAUCUUGCUGGUGCAAAAGUGGAAUUAUUGCCGGAAGGACUCACUCGGAGAAGGAGAUGGAGCAAGAAAUAUCCAAUUUGCAUCACGAUGGAUCAAGGUGCGUUGGUAGAUAGUACGAGUCUGAAUGAUUGGACGGAUCUCGGAAAGGAGUCCUUGGAGGAUGAAAGAAAGAUUAUUCAGACCGAAGAAACCAGUCAGGAAAUCGAGGACAAAACUCUGGGCGAAGAAACGAAAAGUGAGGAUGAGGAUUCCAGACUGGAAUAUUUUAAGGAUAACGAAGAGGACGAGUUUAAGCUCGACGAGGAUGAGGACGACGAUGAUUUCUCGCAGUCUAAGUCUAUUAGGAGUAUUUAUGAGGACUGUCACGACAACGACGAAGUUACUAAGUGCAAACUCUAUGUAUUCGCGCGCGCCGACCGAGAGAAGGAAGACUGGUUUCGUAGAUUGAUAUCAGCGGCAUCUCUUUCGAAAAAACGACAUUCCAUUUGUUCCGUAAAUGAUUCUGUAUCCAACGCAAAUGCGGUCUCUGCACAACCGGAUAUGGCAGAGACAAAGUCACCCGAGGCAUCUUCCGAAGUCACUUACAGUACCUUUAUGAACAAGUACCUGAACGUAGACCCUGAGGGUUCUCCAAGAGAGAACGACAUCCUUUGGAUAAACUGUCUCUUAGGACGACUGGUGUUCGAUAUGCAUAGCUGUCCAGAGAUGAUUAAUCUUAUUCAAGACAAAAUACAACGUAAACUCUCUAACAUAAAGCUUCCGUACUUUAUGGAGAGCCUACUCGUGACAGAAAUGGCGAUCGGACAGGACGCUCCGAUGAUUCAUAAAAUUGCUAAGCCGACCCUCGAUGAGCGGGGCCUGUGGUUUGACUUGAACAUCACCUAUAAAGGUAGCGUGACAAUGACGGUAGAGACAAAGCUGAAUCUAAUGAAGCUGACACGCGCGAGCAGCGUUCCUGGUGAUAUCGACGACAAGUCUGUUCCUACCAGAUCACCGAUAUUCGAUAGCGAUGUAGAAGAUAGCCCAGAGACAUCCACCGAAGACGAAGAUAUAGGAAACGUCACGUUGAACGUUGCAUCUAAAGAGACCACACCGGUACAGUCUUCUGGCAAGAAGUUUCUUAGCAUGGUCGAUAAGUUGACAGCCAAUAAGUAUUUCCGACACGCCACGGAGUUGUCUUACAUACGAAGAGCGAUGGAGGGUGUUUCCAACACGGAGAUUCGUUUUAUGGUUAGCGUAUCUGGCAUCGAGGGUUGUCUUUUGGUAAACAUCCCUCCGCCCCCCUCCGAUCGGCUCUGGUACGGUUUCAAAUCGGUGCCGAAAAUCGCCCUCACUGUGCAACCAACUCUCGGCGAGAGGACUGUCAACAUUGUAUACGUGAGCAACUGGAUUGAAAAUAAGUUGGUCAGGGAAUUCGAGAAGCUAGUCGUUUUACCAAAUAUGGAUGAUCUGGUUCUGCCACUCUGUCCAAAUUAUCCCUUUACUGCAAUGUAAAAAUUGAAUUUUGCGCCGGCCAAAACAGUCUUCAAUCAGCUUUUACAUCCUUUUUGUUCUGUAUACUUCUAAACAACACUGCAUUUAACACUAUCACGUGUUAAGAUAUGGUAUAUUUUUCUGUAAUAUAGUACUACAUUUAUCAAAAUUCAUAGAUAUAUAGAAACCUGCGAAAAGACUUUCAGAUAACAAUAUAGCUUUAGCUGUUUUUACACAAUUUUUUAAUAUUAUCAUUAUAUUACAUUGUUUAUCACAAAGAACCAAUCAUCAUGUGUAAUAUAUACCAGAGAGCGGAUGGAAUUAUUGUGAUAUAUUAUCAUAUAUGUUAUAUUAUAUACUUUAUAUAAAAUUCAAAAAAGAAGGUAGGAGACGAAGUUUGUUAUGAGUGAGCAUUAUUUUUAAUAGAGUAUGUAAAAACGAGCGAAAGAAAUGUACAGAGAAAUAUUUAAUUAAUGUUAAGUGCAAACCUUGCUCUUUAUUUUAUUUAAUUAUACACUAUUGUUAUAUAAUUCAAUUUAGUUAUGUAUGUAAACAUUUUUUUAAUUGAGUGAAAUUGAUGAUGCGCUAUAAAUAGAGGAAAGAAGAAAAUAAUAUGCAUGUGAUCACUGAAUUAGUCAUUUAAUGUAGGCAGCUAAAAAAACUAAAUUGUUAAAUUUGUAAAAUAAUUGAAUAAGUUAAAAUUAAAUAACACAGCCACACAAAAAAGUGGUCUGGCCUGUAUAUCAGAUCCAUGUAUUCCUAUGGAUUUUGGCUUGCUGAAUCCAAAUCUGAUGUCAGAAUUGGUAGAUUGGUUCGCUGUUUCGAGGAAACCUCAAAAAAACAUCAGCGAAAGUGUUCGUUUUGUGGAUUUUCAAGCUUUUUUUGAGAUUUCCUCGAAACAGCGAACCAAUCUACCAAUUCUGACAUCAGAUUUGGAUUCAGCAGGCCAAAAUUCAUAGGAAUACAUGGGUCUGGUAUACAAGCCAGACCACUUUUUUUUGUGUGGCUGUGAUAAUUUGUAAAUUUGAUCAAAUAAAAGAGAACAUUAUAAAAAAUAUGAAUGCAUGUGUAAAAUGAGAAAAAACUCAUAAAGCAAUUUUCACGCCUUUACAAUUAAAUUUAUCAUAAUCUGGUGAUUUGUGAGUAAUAAAAUUAUAGUUACAAUUGACAAAACGUGUGAGAAAAGGCGUAAUGUAAUAUAGCGUAAUGUUAAUUACGUUUAUCGUAAAUAGUAGAACGAUAAUCGCGUAAAUUUUAAACGCGAUCGCUAAAGUAUUAAUUUCGUGUAUGUUGACUUGAUAACAUAAAAUCGUGCUAGGCCAGUCAUUUUGUUUACAUUUAUAAAUCAAUUUUAUUUUUCUGUAGUCCGUUAUAAACCGAGGAACUUGUAGUCAAUGGCUUUUCAACGAAUAUAGCCGAAAGAUUCACUCUCCUCUGUCUUUGAUUGAUCGGCUAAGUGAAUUACUCUAUUCAUUCAACGAUUCUAGCAAAAAGAAAGCAAAAUGUUCAUUAAUAUAUAAUCGAAUAUACGGUAUACCUACUAGCCAGCUUGAUCUGUGAGCUACGUUAUUUUGUUUGAUACUAUACAAAUAUAUAUAUAUAUAUAUAUAUAUAUAUAUAUAUAUAUAUACACAUAUACAUACAUAAAUGUUCGUGUAUUUGCGUGUCUCAGGGAGAUAUUAUAUGUAUAUAGAUUAAAUUCUGGAGCCACAGAUCUUGUUACGGUGGAGACUAUAAUUAUUUUUAAAAAUACACGAAAACCUCUUCAUAUAUAACAAAACGUAAAACAAAUUAUAAAAGCCAAUUUUAAUGUGUUUAAAUGUAAUAUAAAUAAAGUAAAUAUAUUUUGUAAAGACUUUUCAAAUGAUGUUUUAUUUAAGACUUUUACUAUAUUGACGAUCUCACAUGGUUCCAGAAUUAAAUCAGAGGUAUAUUAAAAGUUUUUGCAGAAAGAAA